AUGGCACAGCGAUUCAGCGCAUCGCAGGGCGGCGGCGUGGCCGUGGGCGGCGGCAUGGCCGGCCCCAACGGGCAGAUGGUGCCCGUGGGCGGCAACAUCAACGUGGGCGGCGGCAUCAACACCGGCAUCACCGUCGGCGGCACCAUCAAGAUGGGCGCCGCCACCAACAUGCCGCUGCUGGGCAUCAACGGCUUCGGCCGCAUCGGCCGGCUGGCGCUGCGAGCGUCCCUCGCCAAGGACACCCGGUACAUGAUACAACAUACCGAUCUUCUUUCACAGGUUGUCUGCGUGAACGAUCCGUUUUUGAACCCAGAUUACAUGGCAUACUUAUUUAAGUACGAUUCUACGCACGGUCCCUUCGCCGGCAGCGUAGAAAGCAAAGAUGGCACUUUAUUCGUCAACGGCAUGCCCAUCUCCGUGUACAAUGAGAAGGAUCCUAAGCUGAUUCCUUGGGCAAAGCACGGCGCGGCCUACGUCAUUGAGUCCACGGGAGUCUUCACGGAAUCGGCCAAAGCCUCCAUGCAUUUGGACGGCGGCGCUUCAAAGGUCGUAAUAUCUGCGCCCAGCCCGGACGCUCCGACGUUUGUGGUGGGAGUCAACCUCGACAUGUACAAUCCCAACAUGAACGUGGUCUCCAACGCGUCGUGCACCACCAAUUGCCUGGCACCACUCGCGAAGGUGAUAAACGAGAACUUCGGAAUCGUCGAAGGCCUCAUGAGCACCAUCCACGCCACCACCGCUACCCAGAAGACUGUGGAUGGGCCCAGUGGCAAGCACUGGCGCGACGGCAGAGGCGCCCAGCAGAACAUCAUCCCGGCGCAGACUGGCGCAGCGAAAGCGGUCACCAAGGUCAUCCCCGCGCUGGAGGGCAAGCUGACGGGCAUGGCCUUCCGAGUGCCGGUGCCCGACGUGUCCGUCGUCGACCUCACCUGCAGGUAG